CAAAAAGUAACUUAAAAGAAUUUAUUGUUUCUGAUCAUGUUGGGGAACAAAUUUUAAUAACUUAAUAAGGUUUAGUGCUUGAUAAAAAAAUUGAAAUGGACCCGGAAGCUGACAUAACAUUGCGGGCUCUCAAAUUCAUGACGAGUGAAUCUAACCAUGUGUGUAGGUUAUGUUUCGCUUCGACAGAAAAAGAAGAAGUAUCGUUAGAAGAUAUUGUUACACUUCAGAGAUCGUAUUUGAAUGAAACUCUUACUUUCGUGGACAUGUUCCGUGAACUGGACGUUCUAGAGGAACCUUCUCUACCUCAAGUUCUUUGUGUGAAUUGUGCCACUAUGACAAUAAACACUUACCUCUUCAAGAAGUUAUCUCAAAUAUCUACUGAGUACUGGAACAAGAUCUUAAACAGAAUCAAUACAACUUUAGAUCAAUCUCAAACUAUCAGCUUAAAUGUUCAAACAGCAUAUUUCAUGAUGAAAGACAAUGAACAUUAUCUAUUUACUAGUAGAAAACGACACACUCUAAGGAAUAAGAAAACUGUUCUAAAUAAAUUAAAAGAAAUAGGUAAGACAAAGCAGAGUUGUUACAAAGUGAAAAAACUUAAAACUAGUGUGAUGUGUGAAGAAUGUGGGGAAAAGUUCACCUCAAACUGCCAUCUUGUGAAACAUAUGAAGGUUCAUAGCAACUCCAAGUAUCCUUGCCCUCAGUGCCCUAAAGUUUUUGCAACACAACUGCAGGUGGAGGAACAUGCAGAAAGAGUGCAUUAUCCUAAAAAAAUCAGUUGUUCAAAAUGCUCAAAGAUGUUUAGCACAGAAAAAAUGUUGAGAUUACAUGACAAACUGCACCAUGUCGCUGCUAUAUGCAAAUUAUGCUUUGUCCAGUUCCCUUCUAAGAAACAACUCCGAGUGCACCUGGAUAAACAUGAGGUCAAUAAAUGUUCUCGCUGCAAUAAGUCUUUUCUUAACAAGCAGACCUUCAAGUUCCAUUUAAGAAUUUGUGGCAAUCUGGAUGACAGACAGCCUAGUUUCUUUUGUGAUAUUUGCCAUAAAGGCUAUGUGCGAAAGAAUGGUUUGAGAACACAUUUGAAAACUGAUCAUGGCUUUGGGAAUGUUCUGUCCUGUAACUGGUGUGGCAAAAAGUUUGAUGCUAUAAGUAGAUUGAACAAUCAUAUUGUGAAACACACGAAGGAAAAGAAAUUUCAUUGUGAACAUUGUGGAGGGAAGUUUGUGACACAAGCAGCCUUAGUCUACCAUACCCGCCUCCACACAGGUGAAAGACCUUUCCCUUGUGAUAUGUGCAAUGAAAGCUUUCUCUCAGCAUCUCGGAGAAUGGAACACAAGCAGCGGAAGCAUUUUGGUCCCACAAAGGAGUGUCAUAUUUGUCACAUCAAAUUCAUCACAGGCCAUCAGUUAAGGAAGCAUAUACAGAGACAUUACAACCCACACAGCAAAUUGUUUGUGCCUGAAGCAGUUGCUCCAUUCUCAUCAUAUCAGAGUAUGGCUGCAAAUAGUAAUGAUAAGGCAGAGCAGUAUCCCAACAUUUCUAAGUUAUUGUCCAUGUGAUUAAAUGCUACAAUUCUGAUGCUCAUGUCUAGAUUAAGCUGGAUGUUACUACCCCUUACACUAUUCAUUCAUUCACGUUUGCUAUAGCAGAAGCAUAUUUAUAUUCUAAAAAGAUAAACAAUCUUGAAGUGUGAAAGAAUUGUAUUUUUGUAAUAAAACGACAAAUCUGAUAAUGUAUAU